GGGGCGGUGCUAGAAGCGGAAGUGUGUCUCGGCUGAUCUCUCGCUGUCAUUCGGCCACGGUCGGUUACAGGAGAGAGGGGCAGCCAAGAAGCACACAGGAAUCGGCUGGCUCUGUAGGAAAAGGACAGUGAGCGAGGAAAAUAUACCGAAAUCAAACGAACAAUGAAACCGAUCGAAUAAGGCUUGUCGAGAGAACCGCGGCCGAGUCUGUUUCACACACUGCCACGUUAACAAAGCUCUUUGAUUACACGGUCCAGAUUAGAGGCAGCGGAUAGAGAGCUGUGUCAUUGAGCAGGCAGGACACGUCAGGAGAAGGGAGAGAGAGAGAGAGAGAAAAAAAAGCUGACCGACUGCACUGUACGAGUCAGCUAUCACAUCGCCGCUGAAAAGCUUUGCCUGACGUACGUUUUUCUUCAAGGACACCACCUUGUUCUCCACCCGAGGGAAGUAUCUCGACAAAGACAUCGCCGAGGUCGAAGGUGGUGAUCAGAAGGUCCAAACGAUCACGGGAUAGCAUUUGUGUGUGGGGGGAGAAAACAAAUGGGGGAUUACGGGUUUGGAGUCCUAGUUCAAAACAACACUGGCAACAAGUCUGCAUUCCCGGUCCGAAUCCACCCGCAUCUGCAGCCCCCACACCACCACCAAAAUGUGUCGCAGAGCCCUGCUGCUUUCAUAAACAGCACCACAGCCGCAGGGAAUGGCACCACGGGAGGCUCUCCCUGGCUCUUCCCUGCCUCUGCCACCCACAACAGCGUGCAAGACGAAAUCCUGGGGGGGCCAGAGAAGCCCAAAGCACAGCAGCAACAGGAAAUGCAAGAAACGCAAGAAAAGCAGCAGCAGUUGUCCCCUGGGAGUCACCAGGAGGGUGGAAGUGGUGGGAUCAUUUCAGAACUGGAAAAAGCCCGGUCAGAGGAAGCCAAGACAGACAGCAGCGUGUCAGAAGGAAGUAACGGAAAGGAGAAGCAGCUACGUCUCGAGUCUCCUGUCCUGACAGGCUUUGAUUACCAGGAGACAUCUGGUCUUGGUGGGACUGGCCAGGUCCAGUCCAGUACAACCUCGUCAUCACUUACUGGCUUCAACAACUGGUCAGCUGCCAUCCCGCCGGCGCCAUCAACCAUCAUCAAUGAGGACGUCAGCUUCUUCAACCCGGCGUCUGCCAACAAUGGGCCCCUCCUGUUCCAGAACUUCUCACACCACGUCAGUCCAGGUUUUGGUGGGAACUUCUCUCCCCAGAUUGGACCAGCGGCGGCCUUGUCCCAGCACCACCCUGCUCCCCCGCCACACCCCCACUUCCAACACCCCCACAACCAACACCAGCAGCAUCGACGCUCACCGGCCUCUCCACACCCUCCGCCGCCCUUUCCGCACAGGAAUCCGGCUUUCAGCCAGUUGCCGCAUUUGUCUAAUAGCCUGAACAAGCCCCCGUCCCCCUGGGGUCCAGCCAGCUACCAGAGCCCCUCUCCCUCCCCCGGCUCCUCUACCUCCUGGAGUCCCGGAGGAGGCUAUGGUAGUGGUGGCGGUGGCUGGGGAGGGUCUCAGGGCAGAGAUUAUCGCCGAGGGCUGAACGGCGGGAUGACCCCCAUCAACUCUAUUUCUCCACUGAAGAAAACCUUCCCCAACAACCACGUGGCAUCCCAGAAGUACCCUCGAAACAGUCCUGCAGGCUUCAACCCCAAAUCCUGGAUGGAUGAUGGAGUCGGCCGCAGCGAUAACAUCUUCCCCUUUCAGGAACGCACCAGGUCGUUCGACAGCUUCAACAUGAACACGCUGGAGAGCUCCCUGAUCGACAUCAUGAGGGCUGAGCAGGACACCCUGAAAGGUCGUCUGGGGUUCCCUCAUCCAGGAGGAGACAACCCUCUGCCUCUUAAUGCCAGGAAUUAUAGCAGGAGACGAGGCCACUCCUCUCUUUUCCCUAUGGAAGAUGGUUUCCCUGAUGACGAGCGUGGCGAUCAGGGUCUCGCCGGCCUCGGCUCGCCACACUGCUUCCCGCACCAGAACGGAGAGCGUGUCGAGCGCUACUCGCGCAAGGUCUUCGUGGGAGGACUGCCCCCCGACAUAGAUGAAGAUGAGAUUACAGCCAGUUUCCGGCGUUUCGGACAUCUGUUUGUGGACUGGCCUCACAAAGCGGAGAGCAAAUCUUAUUUCCCCCCUAAAGGCUACGCCUUCCUGCUGUUCCAGGAUGAGAGCUCAGUGCAGGCUUUGAUCGAUGCCUGCAUUGAAGAGGACGGCAAGCUGUACCUCUGUGUGUCCAGCCCCACCAUCAAAGACAAGCCGGUCCAGAUCCGCCCGUGGAACCUGAAUGACAGUGAUUUUGUGAUGGAUGGAUCUCAGCCUCUGGACCCGAGGAAAACCAUCUUUGUGGGAGGUGUCCCUCGUCCGCUCCGUGCAGUGGAGCUGGCCAUGAUCAUGGACCGCCUGUACGGCGGCGUUUGCUACGCUGGCAUCGACACAGACCCUGAGCUGAAGUACCCCAAGGGAGCGGGGCGGGUCGCCUUCUCUAAUCAGCAGAGCUACAUUGCUGCUAUCAGUGCUCGCUUUGUACAGCUGCAGCAUGGAGAAAUCGAUAAACGGGUGGAAGUGAAGCCAUACGUGCUGGAUGACCAGCUGUGCGAUGAGUGCCAGGGAACUCGCUGCGGCGGGAAGUUUGCGCCGUUCUUCUGCGCCAACGUCACCUGUCUGCAGUACUACUGCGAGUACUGCUGGGCGGCCAUCCACUCGCGCGCCGGACGAGAGUUUCACAAACCCCUGGUGAAGGAGGGAGGCGACCGACCCCGUCACAUCUCCUUCCGCUGGAACUGAGCGGAGGACAGAGAGGGAGAGGCAGCAGGGGAGCAGGAGGGCAGCUCCUCCCCCUCCCCCCCAACGUGUCGAUCUCCUUCGCUUCCCCAUUCGCAGACCUCUGCAGGAUGCACAUGACGGAGAGAUAAAAGACGAGAAACAAGACAGAAACGAACUUUAAAAUCGAUUUUUUUUCGGGCAGUGCAGGACUUUGAGCAUCCUUCUAGAACACUGUUUAAAAGACUUGAGAACUCAUCCCCGCUGUCUGUCGAGGUGAUCUUAUAUAGACCUAUCUGGAGGAAGGGGAGCUUAAAGACUUGAAUGUGGUAAAUGUUGCAAGUUAACUUCAAGUUGUUAUGUGCAAUACUUCUUUUGAACCUUUUUCCAGAUAAAGACUCUUUGCAAUGUAAUUCUUUAAUGCCAUUUUUAAUUGCAGACAUUUAAUUAAAGAAGAUGUUAAUAUGUUUUUCACAGUCAUUUUCUACUGUUAUUGUAAUCCUUUUCAUGCUGGUGUUUGUAAAAAAGAAAAGAAAUCAAACUAUUUGUACUAAUAUAAAUAAUUGAAGUUAUUUUUAAAACAUUAAAGGUUUUGUGCUCAUUUGCUUAUUUUAUUUAUUUUAAGCUACUGUGAUUGAUUGCAUUGUAAUUAUUAGGUCAACAAUGUAUUUAGCUGUUUAUUGGUAUAUUUUUAAUUGGAAUGUAUAAUUGAUUUUUAUAAUUUUGAUCAGAUUUUUGUUAUAUUUUUGAGGUGAAGCUUUUAAUAUGUUAAAGUGUCUAGUUUUUACUAAUUGCUAUAUUGUGCUCCACAAUAUAUGGUUCACAUUUUCUGAAGGAAAAUAAAUAUUUAAAUUGUUGUCUGUUUAUGAUGUUACUUAAUGGCAAGAUUUCAAUAGUUUUUAACUGUGUAUGGGAAGGUUGUUGUAUUUAGUAAUAGCAUUUUUUACUUAAGAUAUCACCUUAAUUUUUAUUGUCAUUUCACUUUAUAAGUUCCUAUUUUUGUAUUUUCCUUUCUAAUUAAGUUAUGUAAUACGGAUAUGUCCAUAUUUCUAGGAGUUGGUCUGUAGAAGUUCUGGUGAAACGAAAAAGAAAAAUCUAAUGUUAUUUAAUUGUUUGCAGCCAACUAUUUAUAACAGUAUGCAUAAUUUUUAAAUAUUUGUAAUGUGAAAUG